AUCAUGAAGGAAACGAGCUUGGAAGAAACGACGUCUAUUGCUCGGAAGGACACGCCGACCAAUGGGAACGAGCCCAGCACGGCCCGACAGAACGACGCCAAACGGGCCGGACCCCCGACGUCAGAACCGGCUUUCCUGACAGGGUCAGCCCCUCAACCGCCACCACCAGCCUUGAUGCCAGAUGCUGUGCGACUUGUGACUCGUAAUGCUACACCACUGGAUUGCAGUAACGUGGAACAGAGUCCCCUCUCCAUCUACCGGGCGGCCGCCGGCUUGACCCCCACACCUGCAGGUCCUAACUAUACCGAGUUACAGUCUAUCCUACGCGACCUCAUUGUACUGGCGCGCCAGUGCUUCAAUCGUCACGAGUGCAGCAUAACCCUUCAUAUGCGGUCACUCCGGCUCCACGGUCGCACCAAGCGCUUUUUCGAUAGAUGGGUUGGACACGACUUCCUUGGAGACGGAAUGUAUGGCUAUUGUCUAGAGACGCAGCAACUGUUCAACAUAAUCGAGAUUGUUGCUCGAAAUGAUCCAUCCUUUCACUUCGGGCCAAUCGCUUGGCCACAACCCAAUAUUGGAUCUGACGACUACUGCGCCCUGAAAAGCGCUGUAUGCAUGGAAAUCGACAGUCUUAUUUUUAAGAGAUCUGACUUGAACUUGGCCGAGCUUGCAAUAUAG